GUGAAUAUAAUAAGUCGAACUUUAUCGUGCGUAUAAAGCUUCAUACAUAUGUAUGUAUAUGUACAUAUAUAAAUGGAGCACGACAAUGUUGUGUCAAUAAUGAAACCUAAAUUAGAGUAUGUGGAAAAAGAUAAGGUGGGUCGUUAGCCGUGGGUACACGACUAAAAAACAACAAAUUAAUUGAGAUUUUAAAAUGUAUAUUUAGCGUAAGGAUAUUAACCAACAACCACAAUUUCAUCAUGGCGAUAGAAAACAAGGAACAAAGAAGUGUAAAGUGUAAAAACCAAAAACAGUUUUAAAAAAAAACGAACCGAAACGAAUGAAAAAAAGUUUAUUAAGAGACAACAGCAAAAAGUUUGGAAGUGUAGUUUUGAAGGAAAGUGAAAUUAACUUUUAAUGAAAUACGAAACAAAAUUAUUGAAUUUAAUGUUGUUAACUUCAAAUUAGAGUAAGCGCGUAAUGUGAAGUUGGAACGUAUUUCGCGACGCAGAUAAAAACAACAAGGCAAUACAAAUUAGAGUAAAUAUUGUAUCAGCUACACUGACAAAAAAUUAGAGCAAUGCACCAACAGUUGAGCAUAAAAAGAAAACCAGCGCAGCAUCAUUAUUAUCAGCUACUGUUGGUGCUGUUGCUGCUGCAGUUGGGGCAUGAAUCAGCCUCCCACACAGAUUGGAUGCAAACAUGCGGGAACUGUCACUGCCAAUGGAAUUCGGGGAAAAAGAAUGCUGACUGUAAGAACAAGGGCUUUAUCAAAAUACCAAUGGAUCUGAGCAAUGAACUGCAAGUGGUCGACUUCUCACACAAUCAAAUACCCGAGUUGCGACGGGAGGAGUUCCUGUCAGCACAACUCCAACAUUUACACAAAAUCUACUUGCGCAAUUGUACUAUUCAGGAAAUCAGUCGAGAUGCGCUUAAGGGUCUCCAGAUACUCAUCGAGCUGGACAUUUCCAAUAAUCGCAUACGCGAACUACAUCCUAAGACAUUUGCUGGCCUCGAAAAGCUGCGAAACGUUAUUGUAAAUAACAAUGAGAUUGAAGUGCUGCAGGAUUAUCUGUUUGAAGACUUGCCCUAUCUAUCACGCAUUGAAUUCAAAAGCAAUCGUCUGAAGCAGGUGCAAAUGCAUGUGUUUAGCGGUCAAAUGCCAGUGAGUGUCAUCUCACUAGAAGACAAUCUAUUAACACAUUUGCACAAGCGAACUUUUGAGGAUCUGAAGAAGCUUAUGAAUCUCUCUCUGCAAGGGAACAUGUGGAACUGUUCAUGUGAUUUGCAAGAGUUUCGGGACUACACGUUUACAAGACGCUUGUAUACACCACCGACCAACUGUCACGAUCCGCCGUAUUUGCGUGGAAAAAUGUGGAUGGAUGUACCAUCCGAGAAUUUUGCCUGCCGACCUCGUAUAUUAGGGUCUGUGCGUUCCUUUGUGGAAGCUAAUCAUGACAAUUUAACACUACCCUGUCGCAUUGUCGGCACUCCACGUCCAAAUGUCACCUGGAUGUUCAAUAACCGACCAUUAAAUCUAAAUGACCAGCGGGUACGCGUUUUCACUUCUGUAGAGCAAAUGCCCAAUUUGUCACAAUCGUCCCAGGUGAUUACUUCAGAGCUACACAUUUUUGGUAUAAGAACUUCAGAUAAGGGCGCUUAUAUUUGCGUGGCGGACAAUCGUGGAGGUAAAGCUGAGGCCGAAUUUCAGCUGCUCGUCAACGACGAUUACACUGCACCCGCAGCAGCGCCUGACGGGCUUGGCGGCUUAAGUAUUAGUGGUGCCUCCAAUGAUUCACAAACGAAUUUAUUACUGAUCAUCUGUUUAAUAGCGACUACUUUAUUACUACUCCUCAUCGUCACAGUGCUAACUCUAUUCUGGUAUUGUCGGCGCAUCAAGACUUACAAAAAGAACUCCGUCAUCAUUGCUGAUGAACUAAUCUCUCCCAAGCCAGAUAAGACACAUAAUAGCUCAAUGCUAGAAGGUUCCGUAAUUAUGGAAAUGCAGAAGAGUCUAUUAAAUGAGAUAAACCCCGUGGAAAAGCCUCCCAGGCGCACUGAUAUCGAGAGCGUCGAUGGCGGCGAUGACACACAAGAGAUAAAAAAGACUCUGCUAGAUGAGACGGUUUUUGCCAAUCAUAUGCGAGACGACGAAACCCAUUCGGUAGCGUUCUCAGACACCACGAUGCCACACUCGCGUCAGACAUAUGUAGAUGAAACGUAUGGCAGUCUGCCGCCAGAUCUGUUGGCAUUUCCAGCGCGCGUGCUGCCCACUUCGCCAUCAAUACAAUCAUCGCACUCGAACAUACCUGAUCAGGUUAUCUACGGUUUACGAUCACCGACACUUACAAGUCCUGUCUAUGCGCAUAUAACACAACAUGGCAUCUAUGGCACGACAGUAGCAGCGACCACACACAAUGGAUUUAUGACGCUGCAACAUCCAAAAUCGCGUAAUCUGGCGCUACUCCCGACAGCUAGUAAUCGCCAGCAGCCGCAAAUGCCUUCAGUGCUGCAGCAACAGCAGACAUCACCAUUUGUGCCCGCACCCGUUGUGUACUCACCUGCGGCAGCUGUAGUCAUGAAACAAGGAUACAUGACGAUACCACGGAAGCCUCGUGUGCCUAGUUGGACUCCCAGCACAUCGGUCGCUGCUGCGCAUAAUGGCACUCAGCUUAGUGAGUUUCAAUCGCUGAUAUCGCCUAAUCCAAGCGAAUCGGACGCCGGGGUCUCCAUGGAGCUGCAAGCGGAACCGGUAUAUGACAAUUUGGGGUUGCGCACCACAGCAAGCGGCAACUCAACGCUGAAUUUACAUAAGGUAAUGCGGCAGCAACAGCAAUAUAACAUGAGAGAUCGACCAUUACCGGCCACGCCCAGUUUGACAUCGGUUACGUCAACAGCCCCCGCGAACAAAAUAUACGAACCCAUACAUGAGUUGAUACAGCAGCAAAAGCAACAGCAGCAACAAAGGCUAGCACAGGGCCAGCAGCAACAAGGUUAUGGCAGCAACUCGGAAACAGAUCCGCUAUAUAAAAAAACACGUUAUCAUGAUAUUACUAUAUUGCCAGGCGUCGAGAUUAGCGGCGUUAUGCCACCUACAGGCAUGCCCGCCUUAGCUAUAUCACCAGCAUCGUCCUCACAUACGGCGUUGAAUUCACCGAAAAUUUCAAAAACACCACCAAGGCCACCACCGAAACCCAAGAAGAAGAUCUCCGUGAUGACACGCAACGGUCAAGGAAGCACAAGUCAACUAUUUGACGACGAAGGUGAGGAUGGUACUGAGGUUUAGCUGUACCACGUUCGCUGCAAUAAAUUGAAAUCGCCUUAAAAAACGAAAACAAACUAAAAAUAAAAUAUAAUACAAUUUAAAUGACAUGAGCACCUGCUCAA